AUGAUAAAAUAAAAUAUAGUUAGUUAUGAAAAAUUUGUUGAGGAGUAUUUGAAUUAGCUUAAAGUUCCUUCUUGCCUACCGAGACAUGUAGGUGAAUUAUGUGGUGGAUGGACGGCAGAGACUUUCAAGCAAAUUAUUUAAAAAAUUACUAAAAAGAACACUGCGCCUUUAUAAUUAUGGUUUGAUAGCUAUUAAUCUAUGGAUAUUAUAUCAACAAAAAGAGCGAGCUUAAAAGAAGUGUUUAAAAUUUUAGAUACAAGAAAUAUUUCAAGAAUUGAUAGCUGCGAAUUAUUUUCAGUAAUGACAUUUAUUGCUAAAGGAGACUAUGAAACAACAAUUACAAAUAUAUCUUUGGUUUUUGGCUUUAAAAAUCCUCAGUGCUUGACAAAAGACGAGUUCUUUUUCUUUUUAGACAGUUUCUUUCGUGGAAUCAGCAAAAUUCUACUAUUAAAAAAUAAAAAGGAUUAUACUGAAUAAGAUGUUAAUAAGAGACUUAAUUCUGAAGACAUAAAAGAAAUAACUGACAAAGUUUAUGGAAACAAAAUAAACUUUACAAACAAAGAUUUCGCUAGGGAAUUCAUGAAGAGUAAGUAUAAUUAAUUUUUUGAGUACAUUUAUCAACAACUUUAGGCGAGCAAUGACUUCGAAAGAUCAGUUAGCUUGUAAAAUAUACAGAUAGCCCAAGAAGUGAGAAAAUGUAUAAUGGAUGUACUAAAAUCAGUUGAAAAAAAUGUAAAUGGCGAUGUUAAAAAAUGA